AUUGGUUGCGGGCGAAGUGGGCGGGUCGUCGAAGAGCCUGAGGAAGAGGGCGGCGGCGGUUGUGGUGACUGAGCGGAGCCUGGUGACAGGAUGGCUGGGCACAGAUUGGUGUUGGUAUUAGGAGAUCUGCACAUCCCACACCGGUGCAACAGUUUGCCAGCUAAAUUCAAAAAACUCCUGGUGCCAGGAAAAAUUCAGCACAUUCUCUGCACAGGAAACCUUUGCACCAAAGAGAGUUAUGACUAUCUCAAGACUCUGGCUGGUGAUGUUCAUAUUGUGAGAGGAGACUUCGAUGAGAAUCUGAAUUAUCCAGAACAGAAAGUUGUAACUGUUGGACAGUUCAAAAUUGGUCUCAUCCAUGGACAUCAAGUUAUUCCUUGGGGAGAUAUGGCCAGCUUAGCCCUGUUGCAGAGGCAGUUUGACGUGGACAUUCUUAUCUCAGGACACACACACAAAUUUGAAGCAUUUGAGCAUGAAAAUAAAUUCUACAUUAACCCAGGUUCUGCCACUGGGGCAUAUAAUGCCUUGGAAACAAACAUUAUUCCAUCAUUUGUGUUGAUGGAUAUCCAGGCUUCUACAGUGGUCACCUAUGUGUAUCAGCUAAUUGGAGAUGAUGUGAAAGUAGAACGAAUCGAAUACAAAAAAUCUUAAAGCCAGGCCUGUCUUGAUGAUUUUUUUUCCAUUGUCCUGUUGAAAUCAAGUAAAUAAAUAUUUACGAGCCACAAAAUUGUAUCACCUUUAUAAUAUUUUGCAGUAAAAUAUAAUACCAUCUUCUCUGUUAAUACAUAAUUGCUCUAAGCUUCCUGUAAACUAUAAGAAUAUGUUUAGUUUACAGCAUAUGGAUUCUAUGAAAAAAUGUCCAUGACACAGUAACUGGUCACUUGUUAAGAAAAAUUUAUCCUUGUAAAUAUCUUCAAAGUUGGUAUUUGGAACUUUAUUCCAAAAGUAGUGCAUGUGGAGAAAGAAUCUAGACUUUUGUGUAUACAUUUUUCUCUUCUCCAGUAAUAAACAAUUACCUUUCAUUUAUA